AUGGAAUGGUCAAACGAUUUUAAAGAAAUUAUCGACGGUUUUGAAACCAGUUGAGAUUUAGAAGAAUUUGCUAUUCUCUGGGCGAUAGAAUCUAACGAUUACGUGCAUCAUCGCAUUAUAGAUCUGAAAUGGAAUGAGCUACAGCUUGAUAUGGAUUUGUACCCUGAUGGAUCAUUUCAAGACAGUUCUAUGACACAGCAGGGUGGUGCUGGUGAGCCAAUUGGAUUUACCAUUUCAAAAGUGGGCGAAAAACAAUUCUUGAAGAGCCGUGCCAUAGAUAGGCAUUACAAAGUUAAAAUCGACCUGACUGCUUUACGAGGGAAAAAAGUAAAUGAACUACAUAACGAAUUACACGAUUUAUUUGAUCGAGCUUUGGAGGAAGUAACGCAGAAUAUGCAGGAAAAUGACCUCGGUAGAGUAGUGAUUAAUCACCCGUCUCUUAACCACGAAAUUGUGAUCCCUUUACAACAAUUAAAUCAACUAAAUGCAAACACUGUUAUGGAAACUGUUGAAACUGUUCUAUCUUCCAACGAAAAUCUAUCAAUGGAUGGCGAUUUUGAUAUUUCCAUUGGAACAAUAGAAGUGCCUAAAGGUGCUGGGAAAAGAAAAAAUAUAACUGAUAUUGAAAGUUCAAACAAUUCUUUAAUUAAAAAGCAGUCUAUAGGUUAUAUUAACAAUCCUCACGACAACUUGUGUUUACAGCGAAGUAUUGCUUAUGCUUGGGCCAAAUUGAAUCAAGUUGAUCGAAGGGAGUGGUAUGAAUUGACCCGUGAUACACUCAAAAACAAUAUAUUAGACAACGUACUUCUUCACCGUAAAGUACCAACCUAUUAUUACAAGGACGCUACAAAGCACAAUAGAAAAGAACAAUUUUAUCUGGCUGUUGCACUUAGUAAUCUUGCCAAUGUUUCAGCAGAAAAACCGGGCUCCAUCAUAGAUAUUGCAAAAUUUUAAAAUGCUUUAGACAUUUCAGUAGCCGUGAUAUCGUCCAAAAGUGGCAAUAAAUUUGUACGUAUACCAUCAUCCGAGGGAAAACAACGUAUUUAUUUAUACUUAGUUGAAAAUGAAAAAGAACAGCAUUGGUACCCAAUUUUAUCACCGACUGUUUUUUUUCAGUUCGUCUUAUUUCUGUUAGACAUGUUUGAUACACUACUCUACAAAGGGAAAACAUGUUUGCAGUACUACUUGUUUGAUUUGUAAACAUGACAGUUGCCUUAAAUCUGACCAGGAGCUUAGUUGCAAACAAUGCCACAUGACCUGUCGAUCCAUGGAAUGUUUUGUUAGACAUCAAACUUCAAAAGUCAUCAUGAAAAACAAAAAGAAAAUUAAACUAAUAUCAGAAUGCGAAAAGUAUUGGAAAUGUACUGACUGUAAAAAAGUAAUACGACUUAAGAAUGGGGAUGAAAAGAUGAACCACAGAUGUGGCGAAUAUACAUGUCCCUCCUGUCUCACUGUAAUGCAACCUGGACAUUUGUGCUAUCAGCGUGCUCUAAAAUCGAAAGAAAGCAAACGUAAAUUUAUAUUUUUCGACAUUGAAACUACACAGAACACGAAAGUACAUUUAUGUAAAGAUAAUGAGCACACUACUUCCUGUCUGUGUGAAAAAGAACAGCACGUGCCAAAUUUAAUAGUGGCACAAAAAGCUUGCGAGUCUUGUAUGAAUAAGGACAUGACUGACAAAGCAGUAUGUAAAAAGUGCGGAUCCCUUUGUAAACGUUGCUCGGACUUAAAUGCUGCUGGAAAGAACUCUGUUUUAAACUGUAAUGAUUGUUAUUUACGUCAACACAUAUUUUACGGUGACAAUGCCUGUUUUGAUUUUUGCCAAUGGCUUUUUACUCAAGGGAAUAGUGAUACUACUGUCAUUAGUCACAAUGGUAGAGGAUUUGAUCAUUUUCCCAUACUAAAAUACUUAGUAAACCAGUCAAUUGUACCGCAAACUAUAUUCAAUGGGAGUAAAUGUAUGUACAUGCACAUUGCAAGAUCACUCAAUAUACGUUUUGUGGACAGUCUAAGCUUUUUACCCAUGAAACUUGCUGAUUUACCAAGCUGCUUCGGUUUAGAUGAAUCAAAGUUCAAAAAAGGACACUGGCCUCACUAUUUCAAUACCAAAGAAAAUGAAAAUUACGUUGGUCUGUAUCCAUCAGUAGAAUAUUACGGAUACAACAAUAUGUCACAAAAAGACAGGCAAGCAUUUUUAGACUGGCAUAACGAGAGAAUAACAAAUGGAGACAUUUUUUAUUUUAAAACGGAACUGAUCGAGUAUUGUAAAAGUGAUGUAGACAUACUCAGACAAGCUUGUCUGCGGUUUUGGAUGUUAAUGAAAAAUUGUACAGGCGAGUAUGAAGAAAAACUCAACCCUAAAACACUUAGAAUGGAAAGAAAACUGGUCCGAUAUGUUGAUCCAUUUGAAAAUGUUACCAUUGCUUCUACCUGUUCAAAAAUAUUCAGGACUAAAUUUAUAGAAGAGAAAUGGAAAGUUAAAUUAAAACAUCAAAACAAAACUUUGGAACAGGAACUUGAUGCCAUGGUUAAAAAUGAUAAAAUAACGGUAAAAUUGAACGAUUCCUAGCUUCCAGAAAAAGAUCUUUGGACACGAGGCUACACCAUAGACGAAAGGAAGUUAUUUCAUCCCCAAUUGCACAGAUCCCGUCUAAUGGAUAUCAGUAAGAUCGCUACAGCAAAAAAUCAAUACAGUGGUUAGAAUGGGUGAUGGAAAAGGCUAAGUUAGAAAAAAAACCUAUCAAAAUUCAACAUGCUUUAAAUGCAGCUGAAAUAACAAUUCCCAACACAAAGUACAAGUUGGACGGAUAUAGCCAGUCUACAAACACAGCUUAUGAAUUUCAUGGCUAGAGAUACCAUGGGUGUUUAAAAUGCAUACAACAUCAAAGAGAUAAAAUUCAACAUCCUUCUACAAAACAAUCGCCAGAGGAACUUUACGCAUUGACUUUAAAGAAAGAGCAGUAUGUUAAGGGCUUAGGCAUGAAUUAUGUUUCAAUAUGGGAACAUCAGUAUGAUUCCCAAGUGAAACGAAAUGAGACUAUGUACCGUUUUAUCAGUUCUCUGGAUAUAGAAGAAAGGCUAAACACACGUGACGCUUUAUUUGGUGGACGCACAGAAGCUACACGACUUUAUUAUAAAGUAAAUACAGAUGAACAAAUUAAAUAUGUUGACUUCACGAGUUUAUAUCCUUAUACAAAUAAAUAUUCUAAAUACCCAGUUGGUCACCCUGACAUUAUCACGGCUCCAUUUGAAGAUAUUAGUUGUUACUUUGGAUUUGCCAAGAUUAAAAUAUUACCGCCAAAACAGCUGUACCACCCUGUGUUACCAUACAGAAGCAAUGGAAAGCUAAAGUUCCCGCUAUGUAGAACUUGCGCGGAAAAAGAAAGUCAAGUCAAAUGUAUCUGUACAGAUCAACAACGAAUGUUCGUAGGAACCUAUUGAACCUAUUUAAAGGCUCGUCUACAUUAUUCAAAAAAAUCUUGUAGGGCCCAUAAAUCACUAGAUAAUUUAUAUCUUGUACAAGCAAUUAGUGCUUUGCAAUAUUUCUUGAACUUGGAAGACACAUUCAUUUUAAAUGGAGGGAAAUCAUGACAGGUAAAUAAAAAAGAUGGCCAAAAUGAUACCGGUACAAAGUGUUUAUAAAGAUCAAAUAUUUGUACAUUUAAAAAAUGAAUCAUUGGUGAAAACAUUGAUUGAGAAAAACUCUAGUUGAAGUGAUACAUAUCCAGUUGAAGAACAAAGUUACUAAAAAGAUAUUAUUUCAGGAAAUAUGAUAAAACAGUCAUAUUUUGUUAAUAUGUAACCUUGUGAGAAACGCCAUUGAUAAUGUAAAAAUACUUUUUGAGAACACUGAACUUGCUGUUACUCUUCCACUGGAGUACAAGAUAUAAUUUUAUUAUUGAAUUAUAUAAACGUGGCUUCUGAGCAUGUCAUUCAAUUAAAACAUCUUUUUUUCUGCUGUCCACACUGCCAUGUUUAUUGUUAAAUUAUCAAAGCCAAACAUUCAAUGAUGGUUUUAUUAGAUCUCAAUACACAUUUAAUGAAAAAAUGUAAACAAAAUACCAUACUGGGCAAGUGCUCCUCAUCAAAAAGCCUUUA